CAACAAACCUCGCCUGCCCAGUCUUCAGACUUCACAACAACCGCACACAGGCCGUAAAAGGCGCGUAAUUCCAUCGCCGUCGCGCAUCGCAAACCUAUAUAUACACGUUCCAUCUCUUCCGCGACGCCAAAAAUGCCACCCACCAGGCUGACAGAUCGGGAACCUCCCGCCGUCGUCACCAACAGCACAAAAGGAGCUACCGCGCCAUUGCGAAAGUCGAGACUGCCAGUAUACCUUCGUCUUCCUCUCCUCGUGUCCCUCAGCCUCAUCAUUCGAUCUACCCUGUGGACAUUUGCGUCGGAUCUCACACAAAAUGAGCUUGGAUUUGUGAGCAAACGGGAAUCUGAAACAUCCGCGGUAGUAUCGCAUCUUGCGUUCAAAGUCUUGUUGCUGUGGGCGGGAUGGGCGCUCAAAUUGGACUUCUACGACGUCAGCGCAGCAACCGCGGUCUCAAUCACCCCUUAUGCUUACUUGAUCAACACGUACUACGGCGUCUCCAGUUCCACUGUCGCGAUCUUUGUCGCAAUUGAGAUCCUGUCUACGGCCAUCCCAACCUACCUGUUGCAACGACGCUCAGCUGUCCACAAUCCCCGCGCGGCCUUGCGGAACCGCUUCCUCAUCGAUAGCUUCCAAGUGCAACAGUCCACUAGCCUUUUGGCCGUCGGUGUUUAUGUUACCGUCUUGUUCACGGCCGUCAAGACUGAUCUGCUAAACGUCUGGCUUGUCACCCAUUUCGACAUUCCUACCCUGGAGAAUGCGCACAGUGAAACUGUCGCUACCCUCGCCGCCAAACUCCUCAUCAUCGGCGUUAGCGCAAAGGCCUUCCUCUUGAAUCCGUCCAUCGGCGCCGAGUCCGCUUCCGGCUCGGCCACUCCAGUCGAGGUUUUUGACCCAGCUACUUCAGACUUGCCAGCCACCAUUCGACACAAUGUGUGGUUUUGGAGCAAGCGUACCAGGACCUUGAUCUCUCAGACUGCCUUUUUAUCCUCGUUGCUCUUCGCCAACACCGUUCAGCGUGUCUUGACUCUGAAGGGUACCGAAUUGGCUGGAGCCGCUGGCUAUGCAGGACUUUGGGUCUUCGCUACGUUGGUAACUGCCGGUUGGUGGGCAUGGAUUGGAGAUACCGAGGCUUGAGUCUCCUAUUUGGAGGGCUGAGCAGAGACCCCCUAUCGGAGGAGUGAAAUUCAGUUUAGUUCUAUGGAAUGACAGGGAAGUUGGUUUAAUGCAACCAAGAGGAGGAUCAACGAAUACCGUCGUUUGAAAUUCUGGUGUUCAUCUUUAUGAAUGUACGGGAAUUUGCGGAGGCGAGGAAAUAGUCGCUUGCGACAUCAGAUACCAUUUUUUUUACUUCGGACUUCACUUCAGUUCAAUAAUGUUUUGCUGACUACAUUUUUGAUGAGUGAAUUUCAAUUGUGACGGUCUAGGCUUUUAUACAUCCCUUGAUAUGCCCCGAACGCUUCCCCUUUUUUACCUUGCUCCUAAUAAGGGCUUCACUUUGGAUGUUGAAGUGGGAAGUGAUUGAUGCUGUCAACACUGCGGCAUAAUGAUUGAAUCAGAGCUCAGGCUGAAUCAAAUAGCAUAACAACGCGGCAACAAA